AUGAUUUUCUCCUAUCCUCUCAGUUUGUAUCGUGGAAAGGUUGGUUUAGAUGCUGCAGAAGCACAACAUUUGAUGGAGGGUCUCGACUGGCAAGGUGCUUUGAAGGACAUUCAGGCUUCUGUUAACUGGCUCAAGGCUGAUGGUUCACAGAAGAUAUUUGAUGCAUAUGUGGUUGGCAAAGAAAAUGCUCCUGGCAUCGUUGUGCUUCAAGAGUGGUGGGGUGUUGAUUUUGAGAUCAAGAACCAUGCCUUGAAAAUUUCUCAGUUUGAUUCUGGCUAUAAAGCACUUAUCCCAGAUUUGUAUCGUGGAAAGGUUGGUUUAGAUGCUGCAGAAGCACAACAUUUGAUGGAGGGUCUCGACUGGCAAGGUGCUUUGAAGGACAUUCAGGCUUCUGUUAACUGGCUCAAGGCUGAUGGUUCACAGAAGGUUGGGGUAACAGGAUACUGCAUGGGUGGUGCCCUCGCCAUCGCAAGUUCUGUUUUGGUCAUUGGUGUUGAUGCUGUUGUAGCCUUCUAUGGAGUUCCUCCAUCAGAGCUUGCAGAUCCUACCCUAGCAAAGUCCCCUGUACAGGCCCAUUUUGGGGAGCUCGAUAAUGCUGCUGGCUUUUCAGAUGUUAAGGUUGCUAAAGCUUUAGAACAAAAACUGAAGGCAUCAGGAGUUCCUUCUGAGGUAUACGUGUAUCCAGGGAAUGCACAUGCCUUUAUGAACCAAUCUCCUGAAGGUGUGGAGAGGAGAAAAAUUAUGGGAAUGGAUGAUGGAGAUGAUGCUGCUGUUGAGCUAGCAUGGUCUCGCUUCUGUUCAUGGAUGAGUCGCUUCUUAUCUCCCUAAGCACUUUAUUUAAUACAUUCAUCAAACAAUAGGUUGAUAUUGUUAAGAGUAUUAGGGUAGUAUAUGUAAAUUGAUAAUAGUGUUAGGGUAUUAUGUGUAAAUACAAGAGGGUGUGUAUGUGUAAUUCUUAUUAUUAUGAGUUACCUAUAAAUAUAAGUGAUGUAUGAGGACUAAGUUAAGUUGUUAACCUCUCUCUUUCUC